AUGUUUAGACGAGUGUCGAAUAUCGAUAAGCUAAAAUAAUAGAUGAAAUUGAGCCAAUAAGUCAAAGAACUUUUGCAGAGAGGAGAGAUAGAUAUUGAAAACCCAUUUCAUUUUGAAAUUAUCAUUGCUAUAUUAUCUAAAGAUGAAAAAUAGAGGAAUUAAAAUGAUUUAAAUGUGUUGGCUUCAGCACUUUCAACUAUAAAAUACUUUCAUGAAAUGUUAAAAACUACAAGUUUCGAUGAAAUGCUCAAUUUAUACAAGGAGUUGCAAUACAUUAAUUUACCUGCUCGUAGGACACUUUUCAGAUGUGGUGACAUUGGCAAAAACUUUUAUAUAAUUUUGAGAGGCAGUGUUUGGGUGUUGGUUGGUAGAAGUGGACUUGGAGAUGAGAGAUUAGAAAAAUAGGAAAAGAAGCCAGAUAAAAAAUAUGAUAAAAAGCAAGAAAAAAAACAUGAGAUUGGUAAAGAGUUUGAUGAAGGAGAAGAAUCAGAUGAAGAUCAAUAUGAAGAUUUGGAAGAUGAGAAAAUGCUUGAAAAUAAAUACCCAAAUAUGAUGAAGGUAGGUAAGAUAGAGUAGGGAGGCAGUUUUGGAGAAAUAGCUUUAACUAAUUCAGUGCCUAGACAGGCUACAAUAGUGUGCGCAGAAAAUUGUUAAUUUAUUAAAUUAUCAAGGGAAGCUUUUAAUAAGUUUUUAUCUGAGUAUUAUACAAGAAUUUAAAAUAAAAACUUCUUGUUUCUUAAAUCAAUUAACAUUUUCUCAGAUUGGUCAGAUGGAGAUGUAGGAUUAAUACAAUAUCAUCUACAAAAUAUUGAAUACACGAUGAAUACAGUUAUCUAUAGAGAAGGAGAAUUGAUUAAAGGAGUCUAUUUCAUUGUCUCAGGAGUAGUUGAAAUACAAUAAAAAAGCAAAUCAAAUCAUAAAAUUUAAUAGAAUCAAUUAAUUCAUAAACAAUAGAUUGUACUGAAUAGAUAUUCUGCAGGAUAAGUCUUUGGAUUUCUGGAAAUUUUAUAAAAUAAAAAAGCUAGAGAAACAAAAGCAGUUUGUUUAACUGAAAAAGUUAAAAUACUCUUUUUAGAUGAAGAUAGAUUUAAAUUGUAUUGUUGUCAAGGGUAGUCUUAAAAAGUCUUAGACAAAAUGUCCAAAUAGAUGGAAUAUACUUUUGAAAAAGCAAAUUUCUUAUACCAGGAAGCUUUAAAGUAAUCAAAUCAAUCUUUGUCUCUGAACCUUGCUGAAAGUGACAGUUAUUUAUAAAGAUUAAAAACAGAAAAUCAACCUAUUUGUAAAACUAAUAGAAGCAAAAUAGUUAAAAGAUCUUUAGACAUAUUAGGCAAUAUAUCUCAUCAAUCAUCGAAAAUUUUAAAUUAUUGUGAAUGUGUCUCUGCAUUUAACAAAGAUAAUCAAGUGAAAUUGAACUUAAAUAAUCCAUUGAUUCAAAUUGAGCCCAGCAAAAGAGUAAAAAUGCAACAAAUACAGUUUCAAUAACUGUAUUCACCAGGCCCUCCUCCUACUUCACGAAUUCCUUAAUUUUCUAGUAGGGAUUCAAGAUAAACCAUACUCAGAUAAUUGAAAUUGCCAAGUUUAUUCAAAUCAUAAUAAUCAGAAUAAGAUGACAGAAUUUCUAUUAGAUAAUUAGAUCCUGUGAUUUGA